GUCGCUGUCGUCACGGCCGCCACCGACAUGUUCGCGGUGCUGCCGCUGCUGUGAAGCAACUGUGGCGUGCCCGACCUCAACAUCCGCAUCGGCGUGCACUUGGGCCCCGUGCCCGCUGGCGUCGUGGGCAGCAAGGACCCCUGUUUGGAGCAUCGCGCACUUCUUUGAGAGCAGCGGCGUGCCCGGCCGCACCCACAGCAGCGAGAACACGUGGGCCAGCAUGAACACGGAGAUGAAGAAGGAGACGCCAGGCCACGGCCUCAAGGUCAAGUACCAAGUGGUGCUCUCCAUCAGCGGCAGCUCCAAGAAGCUACGCAUGUGUGAUGGGAGCGUCCCCGACUAUCUAACGUCAUUGAGCACCCAGUACCAUAACAUCCAAUUGAGACUUUGAGCCGACC